GUGCUAAGGACCAGGUUGUUUUCCUUGCACCACCCAGUCAGCCGCUCCGCUUCAUUUCUGUAGGCAGACUCAUCCCUCUCAGAAACGAGUCCAACUACUGUUGUGUCGUCUGCAAAUGUAAUGGUGGUAUUGCUGGCAUGAGCAGGGGUGUUGUCAUCACCAACUCGUAGUUUUUAUACCCAGACAAAACUCUUUGGUAUCAUUUUUUUUUUUCACAGGCGCAUCGUUUGACAGCUCUUCUUUGUUGGUUGUCCUGCAAUUUGAUCGGAUGAAUGCUGUCAAAGUGUCAAGGAGGAGCGGCCUGUAACAAGGCCGGAAUGGCGUGGAGCCCUCCUCGGAUGGAAAAGUCAGGAUUGUUGGCAUAAGUGUAAUAGGAGAUGGAAGUCAGGGGGAAAAAGCUGAAAAUAUGACAGAGUCUAGCAGGGUGUCCCUUCCAGGAGGCCCACCGGCCCUGGAUCACCACCCAGACAAAGCUGAAGAUGACCUGGAGAUGACCACGGUGUGUCAUCGACCGGAGGGCCUCCACCAGCUGGAGGCUCUGACCAAGUUUAGUAAACAAGAACUCCAAGUGCUCUACAGGGGCUUUAAGAACGAGUGUCCAAGUGGAAUCGUCAGCGAAGAAACCUUCAAGCAGAUCUACUCCCAGUUCUUUCCUCACGGAGACGCCAGCGCCUACGCACACUACCUGUUCAACGCCUUCGACUCGGCACAGACAGGAUCCAUAAAGUUUGAGGACUUUGUGACGGCUCUGUCCAUCCUGCUGAGAGGGUCCAUCACAGAGAAGCUCCAGUGGACCUUUAACCUCUACGACAUCAACCGAGACGGGUACAUCAGUAAAGAGGAGAUGACAGACAUCGUCCGAGCCAUCUACGACAUGAUGGGGAAGUACACUUACCCGGUGUUGAGAACAGACGCCCCCAAGCAGCACGUUGAUGCUUUCUUUCAGAAAAUGGACAAAAACCGAGACGGUGUGGUCACUCUGGAUGAAUUCAUCCUCUCUUGUCAAGAGGAUGACAACAUCAUGCGGUCCCUCCAACUCUUCCAGAAUGUCAUCUAGACAACAAUCCACCGGGAGGAAAAGACGACAAAGACUUUCUCGGGGUAUCAUUUUGGCUAAAAGACGGCGCGAGCAAAGCCGUGUGUAAAUAUACUUUUACUUCGGUAACAAAGACCAGCAAUAUUCCCGUAACGCAUGCAAGAGGAAAGGUCGCAAGCAGCAAUACACCGAGGGGUUAAAGGUCACCCGCGAUGUUGUCAAAAAAGUGUUCCACCGCCGUCAAUGUCGUGACAAAUGUUCGAUAUUCAAACAGUUAUUUGUUGCUUCUUUUUUUUUUGUUGUUCUGUGUGUUUGUACUUGGAAUUAUUGGACCCGCUUUUACUGUUUGUUGAUGUUCGGGGGACUGACAGGUUUAUGUCGUGCAUGUGUGUCCCGUGAUGUCAACUUUCUGUGUGACUGACUACGGGGGGGAAAAAAAUUGCACGUCUUCUCACGCUGGGCAAAUGAAGCUUUUUUUUUUUUUUAAACAUUCCCUAAUCACUUUUUAUUUCCAUCUUUAAGAUGGAAACUGUAGCUGCCAUAAUUUGAGUUGUUUUUUUAAAAAGGAUCCCCAUUAGCUGGUUGCCAUGACAACCCACUAGUCUUCCUGGGGUCCACAAAUUCAAUAUAAUUACAAAUAAAAGCACAUAAUUAUGCCGGACCACUGCUCUAAGGUACAGCUCCCCCGCUCCUCUAUUUAUUCAGGAGUUCCCCUACUUAACAUCACCGAGGCUGCUUCUAAAUAGGAGUUGUCACACAUAUCAUGCAAAGCAGCUUGCAGUACGCACAAUACGUGAUAGGAAUGUGCCGGUCGUCUUAUAUUCAUUGAGGUACUUGAAGUCCGUCCUUGGCUGUUAGCGGGCUAGGACAAAGAUAACAUCUUUGGCGAGGACCACCCCUCAUAUGCCGUGGAAGAUUACAAGGCGCGUGCCCUUCGCACGGAUAGAAAAGUACAACUUGAGCACAAUUGAUAGUAACUAUAGCAACAGCCUUUAAGUGUAAGAGUUGUGUGAUAACUUAAAUAAAUGGGUUGUACUUGUAUAGCGCUUUUCUACCUUCAAGGUACUCAAAGCGCUUUGACACUACUUCCACAUUCACAUUCACACACUGAUGGAGGGAGCUGCCAUGCAAGGCGCCAACCAGCACCCAUCAGGAGCAAGGGUGAAGUGUCUUGCUCAGGACACAACGGACGUGACGAGGUUGGUUCUAGGUGGGAUUUGAACCACUGACCCUCGGGUUGCGCACGGCCAUUCUCCCACUGCGCCACGCCGUCCCGUUAUUCAGGAGUUCCCCUACUUAACAUCACCGAGGCUGUUUCUAAAUAGGAGUUGUCACACAUAUCAUGCAAAGCAGCUUGCAGUACGCACAAUACGUGAUAGGAAUGUGCCGGUCUUCUUAUCUUCAUUGAGGUACUUUAAGUCCGUCCUUGGCUGUUAGCGGGCUAGGACAAAGAUAACAUCUUUGGCGAGGACCACCCCUCAUAUGUCGUGGAAGAUUACAAGGCGCGUGCCCUUCGCACAGAUAGAAAAGUACAACUUGAGCACAAUUGAUAGUAACUAUAGCAACAGCCUUUAAGUGUAAGAGUUGUGUGAUAACUUAAAUAAAUGAGUUGUACUUGUAUAGCGCUUUUCUACCUUCAAGGUACUCAAAGCGCUUUGACACUACUUCCACAUUCACAUUCACACACUGAUGGAGGGAGCUGCCAUGCAAGGCGCUAACCAGCACCCAUCAGGAGCAAGGGUGAAGUGUCUUGCUCAGGACACAACGGACGUGACGAGGUUGGUUCUAGGUGGGAUUUGAACCAGUGACCCUCGGGUUGCGCACGGCCAUUCUCCCACUGCGCCACGCCGUCCCGUUAUUCAGGAGUUCCCCUACUUAACAUCACCGAGGCUGCUUCUAAAAAGGAGUUGUCACACAUAUCAUGCAAAGCAGCUUGCAGUCCGCACAAUACGUGAUAGGAAUGUGCCGGUCGUCUUAUAUUCAUUGAGGUACUUGAAGUCCGUCCUUGGCUGUUAGCGGGCUAGGACAAAGAUAACAUCUUUGGCGAGGACCACCCCUCAUAUGUCGUGGAAGAUUACAUAGCCCUUCGCACAGAUAGAAAAGUACAACUUGAGCACAAUUGAUAGUAACUAUAGCAACAGCCUUUAAGUGUAAGAGUUGUGUGAUAACUAAAAUAAAUGGGUUGUACUUGUAUAGCGCUUUUCUACCUUCAAGGUACUCAAAGCGCUUUGACACUACUUCCACAUUCACACACUGAUGGAGGGAGCUGCCAUGCAAGGCGCUAACCACCACCCAUCAGGAGCAAGGGUGAAGUGUCUUGCUCAGGACACAACGGACGUGACGAGGUUGGUUCUAGGUGGGAUUUGAACCAGUGACCCUCGGGUUGCGCACGGCCAUUCUCCCACUGCGCCACGUCAUCCCGUUAUUCAGGAGUUCCCCUACUUGACAUCACCGAGGCUGCUUCUAAAAAGGAGUUGUCACACAUAUCAUGCAAAGCAGCUUGCAGUACGCACAAUACGUGAUAGGAAUGUGCCGGUCGUCUUAUAUUCAUUGAGGUACUUGAAGUCCGUCCUUGGCUGUUAGCGGGCUAGGACAAAGAUAACAUCUUUGGCGAGGACCACCCCUCAUAUGUCGUGGAAGAUUACAAGGCGCGUGCCCUUCGCACAGAUAGAAAAGUACAACUUGAGCACAAUUGAUAGUAACUAUGGCAACAGCCUUUAAGUGUAAGAGUUGUGUGAUAACUAAAAUAAAUGGGUUGUACUUGUAUAGCGCUUUUCUACCUUCAAGGUACUCAAAGCGCUUUGACACUACUUCCACAUUCACAUUCACACACUGAUGGAGGGAGCUGCCAUGCAAGGCGCUAACCAGCACCCAUCAGGAGCAAGGGUGAAGUGUCUUGCUCAGGACACAACGGACGUGACGAGGUUGGUUCUAGGUGGGAUUUGCACCAGUGACCCUCGGGUUGCGCACGGCCAUUCUCCCACUGCGCCACGCCGUCCCGUUAUUCAGGAGUUCCCCUACUUAACAUCACCGAGGCUGCUUCUAAAAAGGAGUUGUCACACAUAUCAUGCAAAGCAGCUUGCAGUACGCACAAUACGUGAUAGGAAUGUGCCGGUCGUCUUAUAUUCAUUGAGGUACUUGAAGUCCGUCCUUGGCUGUUAGCGGGCUAAGACAAAGAUAACAUCUUUGGCGAGGAGCACCCCUCAUAUGUCGUGGAAGAUUACAAGGCGCGUGCCCUUCACACAGAUAGAAAAGUACAACUUGAGCACAAUUGAUAGUAACUAUAGCAACAGCCUUUAAGUGUAAGAGUUUUGUGAUAACUUAAAUAAAUGAGUUGUACUUGUA